GGUGACGCACUGGAGCGCCUUCUCCAGAUGAAUAGUCGCCCUGGUCGCCGUGGUCGUUCAUUCAAAAGUUCAUUCCGCAAGUGCCAAUCGAGCGAGCAGGUUGUGUGUGGCGCGCCGUCGAGCUAUAAUCAGUAUCACCCGUCGUCAAUCUAUCCCGUUGGUUUCGCCUGUGUGUUGUUUCUGGCAGAAGACGGGAAAAUUUCGUUCAACUGGAAUCUGUUGCAAUUGCCGUGGACCUAGUGGACUUAGUGGAGGAAACAGAAUCUGCUAGCCUUUUCGCUCAGUGAAAUCUGGUCGAUACGCACGAUCGAAUACGCGUACUGUGUUGGACAGUGUUGUGAGCAGUUGUUGAUAACAGCGGAUAGCGGAAGGUGGUGCGUUGGAGUAGGGCUGUUCCAACGCACAAUUGUAGUUGUGUGCGAUUGUUUCGUGAAGCGAAAGAGAGUCGUCGGCCAGAGAGUCGGCAGUUGCCAGCGUCCAAGUUCAGCGUGUGUUUGUUGAUUCGUUGUAAGCAGUUUGUUGUUACGGUGUGUCGGUUUACACGCUGCUGUUGCUGUUGUUUACAUAGAGAAGAGGAAACCAGACCGAUCCAAAGCUCCUCAAGAUGUCCGUCACAUGGGGAUACACACAAAUGAAUGGACCACAGAAAUGGCCGGAAAUGUUCCCGCAGGCUCGUGGACAGCGCCAGUCGCCGGUCGAUAUCGUUACCUCGAAAACCCAAAACUCGGGCGAUCUGCAGGAGAACCCACUGCGCUGGACGUACGUGCCGGAGAACACGCGUAGCCUGGUCAAUCCGGGCUACUGCUGGCGGGUCGAUGUGAACGGCAAGGGUUCGCUGCUGACCGGAGGCCCGCUGCAGAAGGAGCAGUUCAUUCUCGAGCAGUUCCACUGCCACUGGGGAUGUUCGGAUUCGCGCGGUUCCGAGCAUACGGUCGAUGGGGAAUCGUUUGCCGGCGAGCUGCACCUCGUCCACUGGAACCAGAGCAAGUACAAGAGCUUCGGUGAAGCCGCGGGCCAUCCGGACGGGUUGGCGGUGUUGGGAGUCUUUCUGAAGGUCGGCAAGCCGCAUCCGGAGCUGGAUAUCAUCGCUCGUCUGCUUCCGUUCAUCACCCACAAGGGCGAUCGCGUUACACUAAACAAACCACUUGAUCCGGCCCGUUUGCUGCCGGAGGGCAAGGCGUACUGGACCUACCUGGGAUCGCUGACCACGCCUCCGUGCUCGGAGUCUGUCACCUGGAUUCUGUUCAAGGAACCGAUCGAAGUAUCGCACGAGCAGCUGGAACUGUUCCGUGAAAUGCGGUGCUACGAUGCUGCCGAAGAGUGCCCAUGCGAUGAAACGCUCAACAAGCAGUUCGAGUACGGCAAGGUCAUUAACAACUUCCGUCCACCAUUGGAGCUGGGCAACCGGCAGCUGCGUGAAGUCGAUAGCUACUAGAAGCAAUCGGACAACCGACCAGUGCAGACUGGCUGGUUCUAGCAGCAGCAGCAGCAGCACAUCAGCAUAAAUGUAAAAAUGACACUCGGACCAGGUCGAUCUGUGACCGACCCAUGUAGUGCAAUGCGCGUCAACGCACCGUUCGAGGUUCGCUUAUGGUAAUCGUGUUUUAAAUUAGAUUCAUUCGCCCGCCGCAAGCAGUGUGGGCAAAAUGUUUAACGUAGAGCAGCCAGCAGGAAGUCCUCAAUCUAGGUCUGUUAUCUUUUCGCCAGUGAAAUGGAUUACGGUCGUAUACGUGUAGAGGAACUGCAACUAGGUGUGCAACUGAGGUGGAUUUUGUCACGGUAACCGAAGACAAAACAAAAAAAAAAAACUAAAUGAGGGACAAAUCAAAAGCAAUAUUUAUAUAAAAUGUCGUUAUUCAUUGAAAUUGCAAUAGAGUGUAUUUACGCAAAUUGAAUGAUAGAGGGGGUACGGCAGCGUCAAAAGCCAUACAAGGAUUAAAUAUCAAACGUGUCCGUUAGAUAGUCUAGAAUUUCGGUUAACCUGUGCAAAAGAAAACCACAAAAGAUCAACUCUAUGCUGUCUGGCAAGGUAUGAAAAUGUACUGCAAUUCCUGCAAGCGAUAACGUGUGUAUCGAGGUGAGCCUGAACGUACAAAACAGAUGCGAUGGCGAUUAUAGUAUUGUUAAAUAUGCGUUUGAGCAAAGAAGUAUAUCUAUUAUGUGGCGUCCAUCGUGCGCUGGGAAUCAAGAAAGUCGAUAAGUUAACACAGUAGGUGAACAUGUAGUACCCUCAACAUCCGAGUGCAAAAUACGUAUACAACCAGGCUGACAGCUGACCGUGAGGGUAAGGCCAUCAUUUGCAUGUUUCCGAACUAAGGGAAAAUUGUUGAUUGUUAUUGAAAGUUUUGAAUGCUAGUUGGAUGCACUACCACUGAAAAGUUGUUGAAUAUAUCUUAAAAGUAAUGUUAAUAAAAGGGUGAAUGCAAUAGUACAA